CUAAAAUGAAGACAAGGGGGAGGGAUAGGUCUAAUUGAGCGAGAGAAAGAGAUGAAUCAGGAGGAGAAUAAGCGGGACAUGGAGAAGGUGUAAAGGGUGCAAAAUGGGUGUAGAUGUAGAUUGGAGAAGAUAAGUGUAGGAUAAGCAUAUCGGCGGGCGGGCCGAGUCAGAAUGCCCGGGGUUCGCGAGUCAGGGGCGAAGGAAAACUUCCUAAAUGGGCGGGCGGCGCCGCUGCGGUGCUCUAGGAGGGCAAUUCAGAGGUUGGCGGGUGGUUCCUCGUCAGAGGAAGAAGGCCUCCACGGCUAGUGGCCCACGGAGUGCCAGCGGAGCGGCUUGCAGCCCCGCAGGGAAGGGAGUACUAGCAGCCCUACGGGGUCUGCGAGCCGCUCCGCUGGCCCCUGCCCGGGGAGGGCCACUGCGUGGGGCCUGGCUCCUCUGCGAGGAGACGUCUCGCCGGGACCUCGAGUGGUGGACAGGGCACGCUUAGUGGUUCUCAGUGCUCUCUUGAGGAUACCCCGUGUUCUGUAGACCUCGGGCAGGACCAACUUCAGACCCGUGCCCGUAUUUUCCCCUUCACCUCUAACAUAGCUACUCUACUAUAACCACUGCUGUACCCUACUACCCUGUAGAACCGUUCAAUCUCCUCGUAGAGGAGCCAG